AUGCAGGGCUGCAAAUGGGCUGCCAUCACAAUCGUGGUUGUGGCGGCUCCGAUGCUGGGAAAAGUCACCCAGGUCUCAGUGGAGCGCACCAUUGGCACCAUCUUUGGGGGGCUUCUGGGGCUCGCUACUGUCCUGCUGGGCCAUGGGUUUGGCCAAGAUGAAGACAUUGCCAUCACAGGCUUUGUGGCGUUUCUGGUGGGCUUUGGUGCGGUGUGUGUGGGCUGGGUUCUGUCGCUGGACUACAGCGCCAAGCUGUUUGUCAUGACCUUUGUGCUGGUCGUCAUGGGCUCCAAUGAGCCUUCAGAUGCCAGCCUGGUGGCACUGACGCGCAUAGUGGGGAUUGUGGGGGGUGUCAUGCUCAUGCUGAUGCUGUCGGCGGCUGACAACAUGGCGGAGGCGAUGAUUGACCUGGUGAAUCUGAGCAAGCUGGCAUGGAAGGCGACGAAUGGGGACACAGAACAGCAGACAACCAAGCAGCGCAUGGAGCGGGCUCGCUCUCUCAGGCAGCCCGACGGGUACAUGCUGCUGCAGCAGGAGGAUGAGGAGAGCGCGCGGAAGGAGGCUGCCGCCAACAGGGACGCGGCUGAGGUGGACUGCGAAAAGAUGCUGAUGCAGGUCUAUGACAAGCUGGUGAAGUGCGAUGAGCUGCUGCCGGUGGCGGCGAACGAGGUGUACUUCAAGACGUUCCGGGGGCGAUGGUGUUUUCUGCCGGCGCUGCCGUGGCUGCGCAUGUCCUGCCUGGGGUCCCCCGGCUCCUGGCGGAUCCCCCAGCGCGAAAUGCACGACCUGGCCACAUGCAUGCGCCGCGUCGCACGCGUCCUCUGGGCCCUCCACGUCACCUUCCAGGAGGGGUUUGAGGGUGAGGUGGCGGUGGUGCUGCGGCGGCACUUCCCGACCAGCCUAUUAGCGGACCUGCAGGCCAGCAGCCAGGGCGCCCUAGUGGAGCUGGCGCAGGCCUUCCCCUACCAGCCAGCCUCCGAAUCUAUCGGCCUCUCCCGUUUCACCCAGGUGGUGUUGGACCUGAUCCGCAUCUCAGAAGAGCAGCGCAAUGCCGCCGUGCAGCAGCUCACCCGCCGCAGAGGCACCUCCCGUCGCGCCUCCAGCGAAAAGCUUUCAAGGCACGCCCAUUAUUUUUGA